AUUUUUUGCUGACAAAUCUUGUCACCUUUCUUAAUUUUGGCGGGUUUUUAGUUUCUGGCUCUAAACUAGAGUCUUUUAUUUCAUACUCUAUCUUUCUUCUUUGUUGUCUUCUCUUUCUGCCAUUGCUGAAAAAUUGAAUCUUUAAACCAGAAACUAAAAGGGUCCCAAGAUUCUCUCUGAGCUUGGAGUUUGCUAUUUUGAGUUGAAGUAUCAGCAGUGCUUAAAUGGGUUGGAAAGAUAAGAUUAAGACUCUGUUUCAGGGCAAUACAAAUGAGAUAGAGCUCGGAUGUGGACAUACCAUUAAGUCUCAUGGCUCAUCAGUUGCAAGAAUUCACAUAUAUGACUGGCUUAUAUUGCUGCUGCUUGUAGUCAUAGUGAUAGUCCUUUAUACCAUCGGUCCAUUUCAUCGUUUUGUUGGAAAAGAUAUGUUGACUGAUCUGAAAUAUCCCAUGAAAGAUAAUACGGUCCCGUCGUGGUCUGUUCCUCUAUAUGCUUUUUUAUUGCCUAUUAUCAUCUUCGUUUUCAUCUAUCUUCGGAGGAGGGACGUCUAUGAUCUGCACCACAGCAUUCUAGGCCUCUUAUUUGCCAUCCUAAUUACUGCUGUAAUCACAGUGGCCAUCAAGAAUGCAGUAGGCCGUCCUCGACCAGACUUUUUCUGGCGUUGCUUUCCCAAUGGUAAAGAUGAAUAUGAUCAGUGGGGAGACGUGAUAUGCCAUGGUAAAGAAAGUGAUAUUAAGGAAGGACAUAAGAGCUUCCCGAGCGGGCAUACCUCAGGGUCAUUUGCUGGUCUCGGGUUUCUAUCGUUGUAUUUGGCUGGGAAGAUCAAAGCGUUUGAUCGUCAAGGGCAUGUGGCAAAACUAUGCAUAGUUCUUCUUCCUCUCCUUAUGGCAUCUCUUGUCGGCAUUUCACGUGUGGAUGACUACAUGCAUCAUUGGCAAGACGUGUUCGCUGGAGGACUGAUAGGCCUUGUCGUUGCAAUACUUUGUUACCUGCAGUUCUUCCCAGCUCCAUACCAUUCUAAAGGAUGGGGACCUUAUGCAUAUUUCCGGGCAGUGGAAGAGGUCCGCAGAAACAGACAACACGUCCAGCCUACUAACGGAGGAUUAGAGGUAGAGCAUCCCGAGGUACACUUGAAUCAGCGGUCUGGUACAACCACCAAUCCUUUUGAGGAAAUGGAGUAUGGCAGAAUGUGAGACAUAGAUCUUUGUUCAACUAGCUAGCUUGUUAUUUUCUUAUGAAUAUUUAGACUGCUUUUGUUAUAUGUUCUUAAAUAUUUUAGCUUUGGGGACCUGAAAUUGUUUAACCAGUGUUAAGUUUUUUUUUUUAGUGUGUGUAAAUUGUUGCAUAAUUAGUUCAAUUGGUUGAUAAAUAUGUUGUCAUUGUUUC